AUGGACCCACCAAACGAAUUCGACGUCUUAUCCCAAGACGUGGAUCAAACUUUGCGCGCAGAUAUUGACAACUUGGACCAAUUGCCCCUAGCGUCCGUUUUCGAUGUCAAGAGUCGGUUGGAAUCCGAACUUACCAGGUUGUUCAAUGCUCUCAAUGAGAUGGGUGCCGACAUGGAAACGCCUCUGGUGACGAACGAGGGUUACCCGAGGGCAGACUUAGACGUUUUACAAAUUAGACUCUUACGACGGAACGUUAACGUUUUACGCAAUGAUUUGAAAGCUGUCAUCUCGCGAGCAGAGGUACUCAUGGCUACUCAAUUCGAAAAAUUGGCCGCUAAGACGCAAGAGGUGAACAGAAACCGAGAAUUUGAAUCACGAAUCCCAUUUGCCAAGGUAGUUGACGUUGUUGCGACGAGUCCAUCGGAAGUAGCGGGCCUUAAAAAGGACGAUAAAAUCGUCGCUUUUGGUCGCGUGCAUGCCGGAAACCACAAAUCUCUUUCGGCAGUAGCACUUUGCGCGCAGGCCAGCGAGAACAAGCCCAUUUCGGUCAGAAUUUUGCGGGACUCUGAGUUUCACCAACUCACGCUCACACCGACGAAAAAUUGGAGUGGCAGAGGUCUGCUUGGGUGUCAAAUCGUUGCAAUUUGA